UGGAGGAUGACAUAAUCCUCACGUGAUCAGGAGCUGACGCGAAGUCCUUAUAUUCCCCGUGCUUCUUUCUCCUCCGGGUACCAGCUCCUUACUGCCCUGCAGGCGUUCGUGCUUGUGGUCAAGAGAAAGAGGACGUAAAUUCUUUAAAUCCCAGAAGGGAACUCCCUCCUCCUCGUCCCCACCCCCUUCCUUUCGGUCUGCAGGUCUGCAGGUCCGUAGGUCUGUGUUCACAGACGUCUGGAGGGAAGAAAAAAAGGAGGAAGCUAUCCUGCAUUGUCUCAGCAGGAAACGACCCAUCAUGCAAAAAUCCUGCAAAGAAAACGAAGGAAAGUCCAAGUGCAGCGUGCCAAAGAGAGAGGAAGAACGCCCCUAUGGAGAAUUUGAACGCCAGCAAACAGAAGGGAAUUUUAGGCAAAGGCUGCUUCAGUCUCUCGAGGAAUUUAAAGAGGACAUAGACUAUAGGCAUUUUAGGGAUGAAGAAAUGACAAGAGAGGGAGAUGAGAUGGAAAGGUGUUUGGAAGAGAUAAGGGGUCUGAGAAGGAAAUUUAGGGCUCUGCAUUCUAACUAUAGGCAUUCUCGUGGGGGUCCUUAUCCCAUUUAAUGCAUUUCUUCGCCCAGUUCAACUGUUUUCUUUGUUAAUAUUGCCAUCAUUGGUCCUUUUUGUCUGCCUUUUCUUGCUAAAUAUUUGCUACUAUUUUAUUUCAAUCCUUCAGUGUUCUUUUGAUUUAUACAUGACUCUUGUUACCAACACUUCAUCUUUUGACCCAAUCUCACUCAUUUAAUAGGGUUGUUUCAUUCGUUUGCAUGGGAAGAUGCUCAUUGUACAUUGUAAAGUGAAAAGAAUAUGCUGCAAAAUGAUAUAUAUAGAUCUAGCUAUAUAUAUCUUAUGUGUACAUUUAUAUAGGUCAUAAAUGCAAAAAAGUCUGAAUUAUUAUACACCAAAGGGUUAACUGUGAAUCUCUGUGUGACCUGUAUUUUUUUUCCUUUUUUGCCUAUUUGCAUCUCCUCAUUUUCCAAAAAAAAUGAACUAUAUAUAUGUGUGUGUAUGUGUGUGUAUUACUUGUGCCAUGAAAAAAACCUAAAAUAAACACAAUAAAAAAACUUGUUAAUCACCUUUGAAGGGCAAUGAAACAGUUAAUAAACUCUUAAUAACAGGACUAUAAAAAAGAUAUGUAAACUUCAAAUUACCUCUUGAUCACCUAGCCAGGGGAAUAAAACUGGCAAUUAUUACCGA